GCUCGAUCAAUCUCAGCUUCAGACUUGACAGAGCCUUGAGGAUCGGCGGGACGAGUGAAAGAGAACUAGAGAGAGUAUAAGUGCCUGUCUACCUCCCCAGACUGAGUGACCAUGAGGGCCAGCUGUCUCCUAUUGUUGUCCAUGCCUGUCCUUCUAGUUGCCCAGCACUUUGAGCAAGAUGAACUAUACAGUAACCUCCCAGAUGAGUAUGAUUACCCGUUUCCUGUUUUAGGGAACACAGCCUCUUCUCCACAGCAGCAAGUGCUUUUGGAACGCCCCUUUGACUCUGCCCCAUCUGAAGCUGAGUUACAGACUGAGCCCACAGAGCCUGGACCUCUAGACUGCCAUGAGGAGCAGUACCCCUGCACCAGGCUCUACUCCGUACACAAGCCGUGCAGGCAGUGUUUGAACAGCCUCUGCUUCUACAGCCUGCGCAGGGUGUACGUGGUGAACAAGGAGGUGUGUGUGAGGACAGUGUGUGCCCACGAGGAGCUGCUCAGAGCGGAUAUGUGCCGUGACCAGUUCUCGCGGUGUGGCGUGGCGGCGCUGAGUGGCCAGUGUGGGGCGCUAGGGAGCAGCUGUGGGAAGAGCUGCGGUGGAUGCUGAGGGAGGGGUGCGCCUAGAUACUGCCCAAAUCCCCCGCUCCAAAAACCCCCUGCCUUCCCUCCCCCAAAGACCCUACUGUCUGCACCUUUCUUCCACCAAUAUCUCCUUUUUCUAUUAAGAACUGUUACUGUUCCUCCACCCCCAUCCCCACAUUAUUUCUUAUAUAUGUGUAUAAAUACAUAUACUUUUGUACCCAAAUAUAUAUUUUGACUGUAUGGUGUCACUGGUGCUAUUAAAAGAACUAUACACUGGUGCUAUAAAACAGCGGUACGUUGUUCAGAUGCACAUAAACAGCUGAGGUUGUACUCAAUAUACUGUGUGAUUUUUUUACUGUAUCAUUUCUUUUUUGUUACUUUUUUGUCUAUUUGUUUUACAUGUUUUGUUCUUUCUUUGUUAAUGUGUAUGUUCAAGCAGUGUUCAAAAUUAUGACGAAAUCAGGUGACAUUUUGCAUUAAUUUCCAUCUUAACUAAUGUAAUUGUAUUGUAACUACAAAGUAAUGUAAUGGCAAUUACUGUGCAAUGACAUGUCAUUUUAAAGUAAUGCAUUUGUCACAAGUCAAAGUUUCUGCAGUGACACUCUGAAUGAACCUAAGCUUUACCCUGGAAUCACCAUAACUUUACAGAAACAGUGCCAUAAUUACUAUAACUGCCUAGCUACUGCAGCCUAACUAUAAUUACCAUCACUCUUAACCCAACCCUGACCCUUUAUGUGAUUAUACAAAUAUGUACUUACACAGCAGUUGCUCAUAACUUACUGAUGUAACUACAAUGCAGUACAGUCCAUUCCAUAUGAGGAAUUAGAAAAUAACAUGAAGAUAGGGCCAGUGAAUUGUGCCUGCCUCUGCACUUGAACAAUAACCAAUAAUCAACUCGGGCACAGGUUACAGGACAGCAAGCUCAGCCAAUCAGGCAUCAGUCAGGUCAGAUCAAGUGAACUGCACACCAGAGUAAUGAAUGUGGUGCCCUUUGACCUUGGGAUGGUUUGUCUUUGCUGGGUAUUUCAGUGAGAUGCAGUGAAUGGUUGUGUGGCAUAUGGUACUCAGCAUCUGUGGCAGUGAGAUGCAGUGAAUGGUUGUGUGGUGUAUGGUAUCAUCAUCAUCUGUGGCAGUGAGAUGCAGUGAAUGGUUGUGUGGUGUAUGGUAUCACCAUCAUCUGUGGCAAAAGGUGCUUAUUGAAGGCUGCUCACAAACAGUUACUGUACUACUACUUUAAAUUCUUUGUUUUGUUUUUUACGGCCAAAAAAGUGCACAAAUAAAUAUUUUCUGCGA